UGAGGGAGUGAAGAAAUAACUAGGGUUUUGCGUCAGUGUUUCUGCAGUGAGGGGAGGCUAAACAACAGAGGCGUGAAGCGGCAACAAUGAAGACGAUUCUCUCAUCGGAAACGAUGAAUAUUCCCGAUGGCGUGAGCAUCAAGGUUCACGCCAAGGUGAUCGAGGUUGAAGGCCCUCGUGGAAAAUUAGUGCGAGACUUCAAACAUCUCAACCUUGAUUUUCAGCUCAUCACCGACGAGAACGGCAAGAAGAAGCUCAAGAUCGACGCCUGGUUUGGAUCUCGGAAAACCUCCGCCGCCAUUCGCACCGCCCUCAGCCACGUCGACAAUCUCAUCACCGGCGUCACCAAGGGCUACCGCUACAAGAUGAGGUUCGUGUACGCUCACUUCCCCAUCAACGCCAGCAUUGGCAACGACAACAAGUCCAUUGAAAUCCGAAAUUUCCUCGGCGAGAAGAAGGUGAGAAAAGUUGACAUGCUCGAGGGUGUGUCCGUUGUUCGGUCUGAAAAGGUUAAGGAUGAGUUGGUUUUGGAUGGAAACGACAUCGAACUUGUCUCCCGGUCUUGUGCUCUGAUUAACCAGAAAUGUCAUGUUAAGAACAAGGAUAUUCGGAAGUUCCUUGAUGGUAUCUACGUAAGCGAGAAGGGAACCAUAAUAGUAGACGAGUAGACCAUGAGAUCAGCCAUGCUACUAUUUAGUUUGGAAAUCUUUUCUGUUAUCUUUCUUGAGUUUGGAUUUUACAAAUUUUGUGUUGUUAAAAUAUCUUAUUCGAAACUUAUCUUAUGGAAUUUGCCUCAAUUUACUUCUCAGUCUAUAUAGAUUUUGCUUUUGUUAAUGUGUAUUGCGAUGAAUGCUUAUUUAAGCAGUUAAUGCAUUGAAUUCACUA